AUGGUUCUCAUUGAGAAUCAGGAAUACCUCUGCGAGGAGGAGAAACGCCUCAAGCAGGAUCGCGAACGUACCGCCUACUGGAAGAAAUGGGGUACUUAUCUUGCCGAGAGACAGUGGGCAACUGUUCGCGAAGACUACUCCCACGACGGUGACGCAUGGAGCCACUUUACUCACGAUAUGGCGCGCUCACGAGCUUUUCGAUGGGGCGAGGACGGCAUUGCUGGCAUAUCCGACUCGCAUGGGCUACAGAACAUUGGCUUCGCCUUUUGGAAUGAGAAGGAUGACUUUCUCAAGGAGCGCUUGUUUGGCUUGUCAAACCCGCAGGGCAACCACGGCGAGUCGUUGAAGGAAUGCCACUUCCACCUGGACAACACACCAACGCAUUCAUACACAAAGUAUCUCUACAAAUACCCUCAGCGCAAGUUCCCGUACGAAGACCUCAUCAAGGAAAACGCAAAGCGUAGCAGGCUUGAGCGUGAAUACAACAUGAUCGAUACUGGCGUAUUCGAUGACAACAAAUACUGGGAUAUUUUCAUCGAGACAGCAAAGGAGGCCGAUAAUCCUGAGGAGAUACUAUGCCGUGUCACAGCGUACAACCGCGGACCCGAACCUGCACCAUUGCACAUUGUGCCGCACGUGUGGUUCCGCAACACUUGGUCUUGGGGACACGAGGAGCCCGAGAAGCGUCCAUCUAUCCGCAAGCUAGGCGAGACUACCGCAGUCUCCAAACACCACAAGCUCGGUGAGCGUUAUUUCCAGCUAUCGCCUUCUCCGGGUAUCGGCCCAAGCGGGGACGAUGUGCAACCCGAGCUGCUAUUCACAGAGAAUGAGACCAACUACAAGAAAUUAUGGGGUGGAGAGAAUAAAACACCUUACGUGAAAGACGGUAUCCAUCGCCGCAUCGUUGAUGACGAGAAAGAUGCUGUGAAUCCCGACAGCUUCGGCACCAAGACUGCUGCAUGGUACGCCUUCGAUGAGGGCGACGGCGUUGCCCCAGGCGAGUGCGCUGUCGUGCGUUUCCGCUUCUCGAAACGCUACGAUGGCUACAUCGACGAGGAGCUCUUUGACGAUAUCAUGGAACAACGUCGCGCCGAGGCGGACGAGUUCUACUACCGAAUCAGCCCCAUGCCAAUGGCAGAUGACCUUCGCAACAUCCAGCGCCAGGCUUUGUCCGGCAUGCUCUGGUGCAAGCAAUACUAUCACUUCAUUUGGGAUCAGUGGGCGAAUGGCGAUCCAGGCAUGCCACCACCUCCUCCGGGCCGAAAGGCUAUACGAAACAAAGAGUGGAAGCACAUGUACCUGGACGACAUUCUGUCUAUGCCCGACUCGUGGGAAUAUCCGUUCUUCGCUGCAUGGGACAGCGCUUUCCACUGCCUCCCGCUGGCCAUGAUUGAUCCAGACUUCGCCAAAAAGCAGCUAGACCUUUUCACUCGUGAAUGGUAUAUGCAUCCCAAUGGCCAGCUACCUGCCUACGAAUGGAACUUUGGCGACGUGAAUCCGCCUGUGCAUGCCUGGGCAUUAUACAGGGUUUUCAAGAUCGAGCGCAAGAUGUACGGUCGCGAGGACUACGACUGCCUAGAGCGCGUUUUCCAAAAGCUAAUGCUCAACUUCACCUGGUGGGUGAAUCGCAAGGAUGCGGAUGGCAAGAACAUCUUCGAAGGUGGUUUCCUAGGCCUGGACAACAUCGGUAUCUUCAAUCGCUCCGAUCCGCUACCGACCGGCGGUGUGCUCGAACAAGCAGACAGCACGGGAUGGAUGGGAUUCUAUUGCUUGAACAUGCUCAAUAUCUGUCUUGAGCUUGCGAAGCGCCGCCGCAUCUACGAAGACAUGGCUUCAAAAUUCUUCGAGCACUUCAUCAUGAUCAGCGAUGCAAUGCAGUACCGAUCUGGCGGUGAAGCGAAGCCGCUGUGGAAUGAGGAAGACGGAUUUUACUACGAUGCCAUUUCGUGGGGUGGUCCCUGGAGCCAUCAAAUGCCAGUUCGGUCUUUGGUCGGCCUUAUCCCUCUCUACUCUACCCUAACCCUCGAGCCUGAAGUCAUCAAUCAAUUCCCCAGCUUCAAGAGGAGGCUCAACUGGUUCAUCAAUAACCGCAAAGAAACCGCAGAUCGCAACAUUGCAUCGAUGAAGAAGCGCGGUCAAGGUGAUCGUCUCCUCCUGUCCCUCGUCAAUGAAGACCGUCUGAAGAGGAUCAUGACAAGGAUGCUGGACGAGAGCGAGUUUCUCGCAGACCAUGGCAUUCGUUCCUUGUCCAAAUAUCACAAGGAUCACCCGUACUCGAUGGAUGUAAACGGCCAACGCUAUCAAGUCAGCUAUCUCCCUGGCGACUCAGACAGUGGACUAUUUGGUGGCAACAGUAACUGGCGAGGACCGAUCUGGAUGGCCGUCAACUGUCUCCUCAUUGAAUCUUGCCAGCGAUUUUUCCUUUACUAUGGCAACAACUUGAAGGUCGAAUGCCCCACUGGGUCCGGCGAUUACAUGCAUCUCGGUCACGUUGCCGAGGAGUUGCAGCAUCGUCUCCAGCAUCUUUUCGCCCGCAAUGAUGACGGUAGACGAGCCAUCAAUGACGGCAACCAGAUGCUGGACUUUGACCCUAAUUGGAAAGACUAUUUGUGGUUCCAUGAGUUCUUCGAUGGAGAUACCGGCCGCGGUCUUGGCGCAAGUCAUCAAUGUGGUUGGACAGGUUUGGUCGCAAAGAUGAUUCACGAUACUGGCAUGACCUGUCGUCUCCCUCAGACACCGCGUACGCCAACGGCCGCAGCCGCCCACUACUUCGAUGACAUUUGGAGCACGGCGGGCAAGCCGAAGAAGCCUCAUCACCUCCGCCGAUCAUCCACUAGCCGUAGUAUCGGCAAUUGGGAGGGAUCGGCCAACGGCGAUGAUGACGAGCCUGAAAAGGCGUCACUCAACCGCACGAAUUCGAUCGGGUAUCUCGAUGCAGAUGCGCUCCAACGGAAGCAGGAGAUGGACCAACAUGUUGCUCACUAUGUCAGCGACCAGUUGACCAGAAUCAAGAGCGGCGAUUCGAAUGAGUUUGACGGUGGCGAAUUCGAAGCGAGUCUGGACGGCGCACUGGAGAUGAAACCGAAUGGCCGCAGAAAGAACGGCGGCGAUAGCUACUUUUCGCGGUAA